AUGGUGGAUGUAAUUAGUUCUAAUGGAUAUCUUAACCCAGCAAUAGCAGCAAUGGAAUUAGCACAAAUGUGUGUACAAGCUAUUUGGGAUCAAGAUUCACCAUUGAAACAAAUUCCAUACUUUACAACGGAUCUUAUUAAACGUUGUGAAAAAAAGGGAAUUGAAUCAGUAUUUGAUAUUAUAGAUUUGGACGAUGAUGAUCGAAACAGUUUACUUCAAAUGAACAAUAAACAACUUCGAGAAGUUGCUCGUUAUGUUAACAGGUAUCCAAAUAUAGAAUUUAACCAUGUUUUAUUGGACAAAGAUGAACUUGUGGCAAAUUCACAGGGUACCAUUGAAGUAUCAUUGAAUCGAGAUAUUGAUGAAGAGGACGAAGAAGAUUUUAAUAUAGGACCAGUAAUUGCACCAUUCUUUCCGUUGAAAAAAGAUGAAGGGUGGUGGAUUGUAGUUGGUAUUUCAAAUGAUAAUUCAUUACUUGGCAUCAAACGUAUCACACUUAACAAACGGCUUAGAAUCAAAUUAGAUUUUACAUGUCCAAAUAAACCUGGCGAAUACAAAUUGAGAAUAUAUUUUAUGUCCGAUUCUUAUGUGGGAUGUGAUCAAGAAUUUGAUGUUGAUAUUGAUCGAAUAGAACGUUUGUUAUGA